CUACCAUCGUCUCCAAGCUCAUCUUUGUACAGCAUCCUCCGCGUGUUGAUUAAGGUCCAGAAGUAUAGCGCCUACACCUUUACUUCGUUUGUAGGGAUCCAUCUUACAUCUGUAGUUGUAGUUCCACUUGUACCUUUGGUGCUGGCUGAUAUCAAGCAGGAAGUUUUUGAAAUGGCCCGUGCAGUCUACAUGUCGAUUCCCCAAUUCGAAAACAUCGUAAUCUUGGGGUCCUCGAUUAUCCACGUAGCUUCCGGUGUGGCUAUCAGGAUUAUUCGCUCAAUACUUAGACACAACAGAGAAAGAGAGAAGGUUCAACACCGUAAACUGCACGUUACCACAGAACUUAUUACUGACGACACUCGUGACGAUAUCGGCUUGGGAGGCAUCACUAACUUGCUAGGCUUGGGCUACACCAAGUCUUUGGUGCUGCAAUACUUGGGAAUGUCUCCCUUGUCUGUAGCAGGCUACUGUUUGAUUCCCUUAAUUCUGUGGCACUACGCUAAAUUCCGCUACGUGCCUUUAUCUAUCGAUGGAGAUAGUUCUUUGGUAAACCUUAACUACAUUAGUUACUACUUAAAUAUCAGUCCCCAGGGUACAUUGGGUCAGUUUGUCAAUUUCUGGGCUCUAGCUUCGUUGCUCUGGGUAGGCACAUAUCAUAUGGUGAAUGGCCUAAUGAAGUUGAACCACAAGUUUUCCAAAAACUGGAAACGGGCAGGAUGGACAAUUGUCAACAGUACGGCAAUUCUCGGCUAUGUGGCUCUAGUAAGCUAUAAGCGUCAGUCAGUAGAGACUCUGGGUUUUAUCGGUAGGACCUUUGUUAAAUAUUUGCAAUCGUUGUAUUUGUGA